UUUAGUUGAUGGGGUUACAUUCUAGAUCAGCAGGAGAAAUUAGAACCUCAAUAGAACAGCAGGUUUUACCGCUUCAUUUUCUCAAAGCAUGCAGAGAACUAUUUAAGCAUCGAUGCACCCUGGGCGUGUAGGCAUUCUCGGUUCGAAACGUGCUUGUGACGGUUAUAGUCCUAAAGGGAGAGAAGACAUUAAGUUAUUGUGAUAUCACCUUGUUUAUUUCAUCAUGUUCAAAAACCUGAUCAUCACCAGCGUGCUGGCAUACGCCUCCGCCUCACCAAUUGCAACUUUCCUGACUCCAACCGGUGCAAUUGCACACUCCCCAGCAGGCAUCAUCAAUUAUGCUGCACCGGAAUCACAUGCCAGUCUAGUGCAAUUUGCCUACCCACCAUCAUUGGCGACUGCGGCAGUUGCAGAAAUCGCAUUCCAAUUGCCUGGUAUCAGUAGGAUAACGGAAUACGAGGCUACCCCGCUGGUACCAGUAGUGGCUGCACGGCGAUACUACGGAGCAUUACCAUCGAUAGUAGCGGCGGCGGACGCACCGUACUAUUGACGCUAGAGGUCUGAGCGCUCUGCAAGCUGCAUCGCUUCCGCUUGCAUUGCGUUCGGUAGCUUCAUCUAUGGGAAUAAAGAGGAGGUUGAACUAUAACUGUAGGACAAUGGAAGCGACUGACCUGACGGACUAUUGAAUUCAGACAAGAAUGUGGCACUCAGGACGAAUAAGUAGGUUUCUUUGCAACUAGGAAUGUAAUUUACCAAGCCGACAAGAAAGUAUGAUAAAAUUAAUAGUUGAUAUAGGAGGGCUUGUUUUUUGAUCAGCCAGAGUGAACUCAGUGUAAAGUACCCAGAAAUAAAAUGUAAUUAUAUCAAUAAUUUUAAAUAAUUUACAUGGAUUCUUCAUCUCCGAUCGUUAAUGAACGCCUCUGCAAGUGACAUGUGUGCAGAAAAGUUUUGAAUGGUCUUAGCUGUUGUUAAUUUGCGAGUGGUUUUUUUCCUAAAAGUUUUGGAUUUUUUUCUGGUAUUCUCCAUUUCUCCCAAGUUUUCAUCUAGAGGUUUUUUAAGAAUUUGUUCCCAUACGAAGGUAGUUCCUCCCGUAUUUUUUUUGGUUUUCUUUUGGAACUCCUGUCCUGUCUUUUCCAAAAUUUCUGCAGGAGUCUUUCACAAUUUUUGCUAUGAUUUUUUGCGAGAUUUUUUUUGCAGAAGUCCUCCUAAGGGUUUUUUUCUAGAGAGUUUUUAAAUAUUUCUCUUGGAUUUUCUCGCGAAAUUUCGUACGAAGUUCCUCCUGGGAUUCCUCCUGAAGGUUUUCAUAAUUCUUCCUUGAAAUUUCUCAAUAUUUCCUCAUGGGAUUCUUUCCAGAGGGCUGUAAAACGGUGAGUCGAUAAGGAGAACGUCCAACAUAGAUCUAGUCCUCACAAGUUCCUACCUCAUGCUUCCACGGGUCAAGUGAUGACAAAGACCGCCAGCUAAGAGUUGUGUGCUUAGCUGGUAGUGCAGCCUGGGCACUAUUAUCCAUUCUGACUUCAGCUAGAUUGAGGAAGUACGUCUCGUGCGUCUGUUCACCAAGGAGGUGUGGCUCAAACAGCGUCUGUUCUGGCAUCAAGCGGCUGAGUAUGAAAUGCUCCUCCACCGGAAGCUAUAUCUAAGGUGGUAGCCCCCCCACGGUGGAUAGGGAACCUUAGGCCAACAACCUACUGUUUCCGAAACCCAAAAAAAACGUUACUGAAACCGAAAAUGAUGGAUUAUGAACUGGCAAUGACUUUUAGCGCUAAACAAAGAACAAGAAUUAGAACUUGGAAUGUAUUAACCUUCAUCCAGCCAACGUACAUUUUCCACCUUCGGAAAAGCACAAAAAUGGUCAUAACUUUUUUGUUUUUCGAUGGAUUUUGAUGAAAUUUUCACAACUUCCCGAAAAACUUUUCUAAUUUAUUAUGCCGGGGACAUGGGUGCCUGGUCCACAUGGUUCCGGAGUUAUUCCGGAUUGUC